GACUCUGCAGCUGCUUCGGCGAAGCUGCAUGCAGGGGCCGCCGUUUCGUGCUUCCGUCAGAAGACGACAGCAACCUGCCUGCCGUCAACUUUGUCGGCAAAAUCUGCCCGGCGAACGGAACCGGCGACCCGCACUUCGUCGGCGCGGACGGGUCGCGGUACGAUUUCAGCGGGCGCCCCGGCGAGAAUUACGCUCUGAUCUCCGACGUACACGUGGCAGUAAACGCGCAUUUCGGGGGGCGGUGGGGCGAAUGGGAGGGACGCAACAAGGCGCUGACGUGGAUGCGAGAGAUCUCGAUUCUAUGGGGCCACCACUCCAUCGUUUUCGAGGCUCGCGAAGGGUGGGAGUCUAGUUACCGAAACGGUUACCUCCAACGGCUGUCGGUUGAUUCGGAAGACGUGAAACUUGGCCGGCCUGGUUCGCACCUGGAUGUCGCAUCGUUUUUCGACGGGCAGGUUGAGCUGCGAUGGGCAGCGGCGAAAAAACCCGCGAAGGGCGAGCUGGUUGACGAGUACGAAGUUCGCAUAGGCGACGUUUUGUCGCUCAGGCUGACGCUGCGACCCGAGAUCGCAGCGCUGCGCACGGACGACGACGGAGUGGUGCACUUCACGGUGGACGUGGUGAGCGCGAAGCUGUCGCCCAACGUGCACGGCGUGCUGGGUCAGACGUUCCGCCCUGACUUCAUCGGACGGCU